ACUCAACUCCUCAUCUCGUCAUCUAUAUAUUGUAUAUGUAUAUGUGUAUAAGAAAAUGCCCAAAGUAGCCAUUUCAGGAGGCUCCAGCCCAACCCUGGGCGCGUCCAUCCUCGCCGCCCUCUCCAAUACGCAAAACUGGACACCCGUCAUCCUCUCCCGGCAAACUGCCAACCCUAAACCUUCACCCGAAGGCGUCGAAACCCGCUACGUGGACUAUACAUCCCAUACAUCUCUCGUCGCCGCACUCAAAGACAUCGACACAGUCCUCAGCGUCGUGCUCAUUCCCGGCCCGGAAUCAAUCACCUACCAGCUGAAUCUGCUCAACGCCGCGAUAGAAGCAGGCUGUCGGCGGUUCGCGCCGUCAGAGUUUGCACUGCGCGAGCAGGCCCAGGCGCAGGUUGACUUGUUACAGCCGAAGAAUGUCGUCUGGGAGGCGGUCAAGCGCAAGGUUGAUGAGAAUCAAAUCGACGCAGCGCGGUUCCCGUGCGGCAUGUUCAUGAAUUACCUGGGGAUUGGGAUUGGAGGCGAAAAAGAAAAAGAGGCGCGGGCUGGGUUCGCCGAGGGAGCAUACCUCGUACACUUGGACGCUGAGCCGGCGUAUGUGGUUGUUCCUGUGCGAGCAGAUGGAUCGUCGCCGACGCUCACGUUGACGGAUAUCCGGGACGUGGGAAGAUUUGUGGUUGCUGCGUUGGAGAUGGAGGAAUGGGGAGGAAGGGAGUUGGGGAUGGCGGGUGAUGUCGUCAACUUCGAUGAAUUAGUUAGGCUUUGUGAGAAGUACGCCGGCAAGAAGGUCGAGGUGCGCCGGGUGACAAUCCAGCAGCUGGAAGACAGAUUAAAGGAGAUUCCUGAAGCAGAUAUGCUCAAGCGCAUGGACUGUCAGAUAGCCAUGGUUUGCGCGAGGGACGGCUCGGUGGUACCGGGGGUGUUGAACGAGGUGUGCAAAGUCCAGCCGGUCAAGGUGGAGGAAUUCCUCCGUAAGUACUGGGGAUGAUAGUAGAGGACAGCAAUCGUCCAAAGGCUCUUUUUCCACCUUUUCUGGCAUUCAAUAAGCAAAUGUUCUCGCUUGGAUGCAGUUGAUCACCAUAAGUAUGUGCUCAGCAUUUCUGGCAAUGAGAGUGUAUGCAACGGAAACCAUUGUAAGAUUCUCUUCUCAUAUCACAGCAAACAUAGCCAAACGGUCGUACCUCUCC